AGCAAUCAUCAGAAGGAGAGCCCUCGACCAUAGAACGGUUUGUCUUUUUUUUCCUUGUUCAAUUACUAUCGAAAUAAAAUUCUCUCUUUUUCUAUGGAUUUAACUUGUAACAGCGAAGAGAAGGAGAGCCUCUCCACCCUAGAAAAUUUCUUCUUUUUUCUUCUUGAUUAUAAUCGAUACUAGAUUCUUUCUUUCACAGAGACGACUGACUUGACUCUAAAAAACAUUGUCAAUCUAAACUUAUUUCUUUUUAAACAUAUCAAAUCAAUCUAAUCAAAUCUGACCAGGACACCAGGCACUGUUCACGCGCGACCCUGCCGCGUGGGGCCCUGGCCGGGCUCCCCUGCCAUAACAAACAGGAUGCGAGGUUUUUCUUCAAUUCGUCGCAAGUGCUCACUGCGCGUGCUCGAGCUCGCCACACACACACACACGGCUACCUCCUCCAGCUCCGGGUCGCGUCGCGCGCCAUGGCUCUUCCUAAACAUUCACAGGGGGCGGGGGCAGAGGUGGCGGCGGACGGCUCCACCUCCACCUCCACUUCGCCCGUGGAAGACGAUGGCGGCACAUUAGAUGAUCUGGGACAGGGGCAGCGGCAGGGCCAUCACGAAGAAGACAACGACGACGACCAUCACUUCUCCUCGUCCUCGUCCACCGGGAAUAAGCAUAAGCAGACGAGCUGCCUCCUGCCAGCACGCAGCCUGAGAUCAACAGAUGAAGCAAGCCAUAGCCAGCAAGCAGACUGCGGGGUCCGUUCGCUAUCCUUCUCCAAGAUCUUGAGCUUCAGAAUGUGGGCGCCCGGCGGCUCCAGCUCCCCCACCUGCUUGGAGGAUUACAUUGCUGGUCAGCAUCAACUAGAGCACGAUGAUGAUGAGGCCGACAAGCUGAUGAAGCAGGUAUGUCGGUCGCAGUCCGUGCCAGCUACGAGCGUGGCCAGGCGGCGAUCCAGCGGCACCACCGCAAAAGGGAAAGGGUCGAGGAGAGUGGCAGACUCCAGCUCCCUCAGGCGCCUCAGAGUGGUGCCACUGCGUGUUCCUCUUCCUCCUCCUCCACCUCUCCAAGAUGAGGCCGCAAGGGGCACCGCCGAUGCUAUUGCUACUACCGUUACCACCGGAGAAGAGGAAGAAGAUCAAGACAUCGCGGCUGAGGAGGCGGUGUGCCGCAUCUGCAUGGUAGCCCUGUCGGAGGAGGCGGUGUUCAAGCUGGAGUGCUGCUGCAAGGGCGAGCUGGCCUUGGCGCACAGGGCGUGCGCCAUCAAGUGGUUCAGCAUCAAGGGCAACGGCAGCUGCGACGUGUGCAGCCAAGAGGUGCUCAACCUUCCAGUCACCCUGCGACGCCUCCCGGACCAUCCGUCCGUCAUUCAGGCGGCGGCGGCUCUGGCACAGGCACAGGCGCAGGCGCAGGCUCAGGGCACUCAAGCUGACGGUGGUGGUGGCGAUCCUACCGCAACCACCAACACCACCAGAUACAGGGUGUGGCACGGCACGCCAAUCCUCAUCAUCGUCAGCAUGCUCGCCUACUUCUGCUUCCUGGAACAGCUGCUUGUCGGCGACCAUGGCACGGCGGCUCUGGCCAUCUCCUUGCCCUUCGCCUGCGUCCUUGGCCUCUUCUCCUCCCUAUCCACAACAAAGAUGGUGUCCAGGAGAUACGUAUGGAUCUACUCUGCAGCGCAGUUCCUCUUCAUCGUGCUCUUCACGCACAUCUUCUACAGAUACGUGCGGCUGCAAGCCGUGAUCGCCAUCAUCCUGUCCGCCUUCGCCGGCUUCAGCGUCGCCAUCUGCACCAAUUACUCCCUCCUCCAGAUUCUCAGAUGGAGGCGGGCGAGACACGCUGUGGCAUCGCCCACCUCAACCGCUAGAGCUGCCGACGACGGAGGCCUCCAUGGUUCCAGUCCCAGGGAUCCACCAUCAGCACCAGUGGCAGUGGCAGUGACAGUGGCGGAGGUGGACCUUGAGAUGGCUCUGCCUCCUACAUAUGCACCACCUGCCCAUGCGUAGAGAGAGCGCUCCCCUUCACUAUCAUCCAGCCGACGAGUUCACUCCAGCUCCAGCUAUACAUCCAGUCUGUGUGUGUAUAUAUAUACAGAUCCACUGUUUGUUUUCUGAGACCUCGAUGUAUACUGAAAGAAAAAGUAAAGACAGCAAAACAGACGCAUAAAGGAAUAGAUUUGAUUAUAUAGCUGAUUUCAUUCCUCUAA